AAAAGGAGCCACCGCACCACAUAAAAUCAAAACCCAUCUUUUUCACUUUCCCUGCUUAUUAACAACAAACAAACAGAUACACAAUAUACUCUCUCUCUCUCUCUCUCUCUCGCUCUCUCUCUUUAGCAGCAGACCUUUACUUUACUUCACUCGAACUUACUGUGUUCUCUCUGCUCUCUAUUUGCAUGGCCAUAAACACAGCCACGAAAGCCAAGCCAGGCAAUAACGUCGGCUGCGGCGGCGGCGCAACUGACGACAGUAACUCUCCGAGUCCACCUCCUUCUCCUCCCCCUAACCACCAGAUCACCGGAAUCCCUCAAUGUCGCCGUCGUCUCCGUUCUAAAGUCGAUCAGUCUCAUUUUCGCCGGGAGAAUCUGAGCGCCGGGAUCUUUCUCCGGUGGAACAUACGUUACUUGUUAGUGUUGCCGCUGUUAUAUAUUUCAGGUUUGAUAAUGUGUGUGGGUCCCUUCUCUGCUUUGCUUCAGCCUAGUCUUCCUGGUGCGGUUUAUCGGAGUCAUGACUUGUUUCUGAAGCUUUGGCCUCAUAUUUCUGCUGAUAAUUCCACUUCCAUUGAGUUAUCUUCCGUGUGGAAAUUCAAAAGGAGGUCAAAACUGCAAAGGCCCUGUCCCAAUUCAACUGCGAGGCAAUCUCUUGCUGCAAAUGAAGUGUCGACUGGACCUAGUGGUUACUUGAUUGUUGAGGCAAACGGUGGUCUUAACCAACAGCGUUCUGCGAUCUGCAAUGCAGUUGCUUUAGCUGGACUCUUAAAUGCAGUACUAGUCAUUCCUCAGUUUGAAUUUAACAGUGUUUGGAGGGACCCAAGUGAGUUUGGAGACAUAUAUGAUCAGGAUCAUUUUAUAGCCACCCUUGAGGGAUAUGUGAAAGUGGUUAAAGAGCUACCUGAUGAAGUGAUUCAAAGAUACGACUACAACAUUACUAAUAUCCUAAGCAUCCGUGUCCAAGCUUGGGCUCCUGCUAAUUAUUAUAUGGGAGCUGUUUAUCCUGUGCUUCAGGAGCAAGGGGUUAUCCGCAUUGCUCCCUUUGCCAAUAGGCUGGCAAUGAGUGUACCACCCCAUAUUCAGUUACUGAGAUGCAUAGCAAAUUAUAAAGCGCUGAGAUUUUCGUCUCCUAUAUCAACACUUGGGCAAAAACUAGUGAACCGAAUGAUUGAGAAGAGCUCAAGGACUGGUGGAAAAUAUGUUUCUGUCCACCUCCGUUUCGAGGAGGACAUGGUGGCCUUCUCAUGUUGUGUGUAUGAUGGAGGAGAUGCUGAAAAGCUCAAAAUGGCUUCAAUUAGAGAACUAGAAUGGAAAGGAAAAUUCAAACGAAAAGACAGGGUCAUUUUACCUGGUCUCAAUCGUAUUGAGGGAAAAUGCCCUCUAACCCCUUUGGAGGUUGGAAUGAUGCUACGGGGUAUGGGAUUUGAUAACAAUACGGCAAUUUAUUUAGCCUCGGGAAAAAUUUACAAAGCAGAGAGACAUUUAGCUCCUUUACUGCAGAUGUUUCCCCUUCUUUAUACCAAGGAUUCUCUGGCAACAGUAGACGAGCUUGCUCCUUUUGAGGGCUAUUCUUCAAGGUUGGCAGCUUUGGAUUAUACUGUAUGCUUGUUCAGUGAGGUUUUUGUGACAACUCAGGGAGGGAACUUUCCACAUUUUCUAAUGGGUCAACGGAGAUUCCUUUUUGAUGGGCAUGCAAGGACCAUUAAGCCUGACAAACGCAAGCUUGUUGUUCUCCUGCAGGAUAUGGAGAUCAGUUGGAAGGCCUUUAAGGAUCAAAUGGAAAUUAUGCUUACAGAAAGUGAUCGCAAGGGAUUGUUGGUACCCAGAGUCAGAAAAAUCAAUAGGAAAACAUCCAUUUAUAUGUACCCUUUGCCAGAAUGUGGGUGUCUUAUGUCGCACAACUCGUCUCUCAAAUUAACUUCCACAAAUCUGCUUGGUUCCCAACUCGAGUCCACAAGGUAACCAACAGAUUCCUUGCCACAUUCGUUUUGUGUACAGAAACGCAGCUCGGCUCAUCGUCUUCAGUCAUUGUUCUUGUGGUCCAUUGCUAGAAUCACGUGUGCAAGAGCAUAGAUGACUAUCAAGAUCAUCAAUUUAGAGUCUAGGAAUUCCAGUUUUGAUAAUGUGAGGAAUUUCUUUUUCGGCAAAAAGCAUUCAAGCUGGUGGAAGCACUGGUCAAUAUUUCUCUGUAUCUAGUUCUUAAGAGUUAAUUUAUUGGUUUUAAUAGAAAUUAUUGUUUGAUGUGGGUGUUGAGUUGGAGAUCGACUUCCUAGCUCUGAUUAAAUGGGCUUUGGGGAGAUACUUUGUAGAUUCAGUAUAGGGAUUUUUUUCUUUUCUUUUCUCACCCUGAUAUUUGUACUGUAAUUAUACUCGAGCAUGAAGCAUGAUGAUAUAUAUUUACUUUGAGCA